UCUGUCAGAGACUCAGAAAAGAGGAAACAGAGCCUGCCUUUUCCCGAAAAGCCCCCGGAAAUAUUCUGCCUCCUACACACGCAGUGGAAGAAUUCGCCACACGCUUGCGGGCACCGCACCGCACGCCGGCUACGAGUAGUAAUCCAGACCAGCAGGGCCGGCAGCCGAUGAAUUAUAGCGGGUCAGGCGACCGUUGCCGUGCCUUGCAUUAAACUACCCUGUCCCCCACCCCCGCGGCUGGUUCUGCGACCGGCGGCGACACGGCGUCCGGUGGGUUGAGUGAGCCAGCUGCGCGCCGCGAUUGCGUCGACUCCAGCCUCCAGGAGUUUGAUCUGAUUGGGCGGACUUUCUCGAAUUUGCCGAUCCCAAUUCGGAUUGCGCGACGGGGUUUACAGGAAAGGAGCGGUUUUGCCGCACCUUUUUUUUGGCCCCUCACGUCGGAUUUGACUGAAGAAAUUGGUUUUGUUUAUCUCGUGUUGAAGUGGAUUUGGUCGAAGUCAGACGUCAGGGGGAUUUUCCAGGCUUCUUGAUUUGAUUUGGAUCCUAAAGAUUUUAAUUUUCCACAGGAAAGGGUGGAAGGCGAUGGGUCAUUGAAUCGCCUGCUGCUAAAUUUGUGCUGUUCGAGCACAGUUGGAUCGAAGAGAGUUCAUUUCAGUGUGCCAUCCUAGGAGCAGUAGAACAAGAGGGUGACAAAAAUUGUGGGAGUUCUGCUGUUAAAUGUUGGUUUGUGUUGUUUGAUCCCAAUUGUAUCCAAAACUUUGGUUUUUGGGGCUACAAGAAAAUACCAAGGAGGGAAGACAUCAGGCCUCGGGAGUAGCUGACAAAGACGACUCGUUGAGCUGUUGAUCUGUGCCUCUGCUGGUGGAAUCAAAGACUAGGACCGGAGGAAGAUGGGGGUGAUGUCGCGGCGGGUCCUGCCUGCCUGCAGCAGUCUCUGCUACUUCUGCCCCUCGCUGCGGGCGCGCUCCCGUCAGCCCGUCAAGCGGUACAAGAAGAUCAUCGCAGAUAUCUACCAGCUGCCACCGAACGGGGAACCAAAUGAUAGAAGGGUUGGUAAGCUCUGUGAUUAUGUCUCGAGAAAUCCAGCACGCAUUCCAAAGAUCACAGAGUAUCUUGAGCAGAGAUUCUAUAAAGAACUGAGACAUGAGAACUUUACUUUGGCCAAAGUUGUGCCAUUCAUCUAUAGGAAACUUCUGUGUUCAUGCAAGGAGCACAGGCCCUUGCUAGCCACAAGCUCCUUAAGCAUCAUCCGCACUCUUCUUGAUCAGAAAGUGCACGAUGAUUUGCGGGUUAUGGGUUGUCUAAUGCUUGUCGACUUUCUAAAUGGCCAGGUUGACAGCACAAAUAUGUUUAAUUUAGAAGGUCUCAUACCAAAACUUUGCCAAAUUGGUCAAGAGCUAAGGGAAGAUGACAAAGGGCUCUGUCUUCGUUCUGCUGCACUACAGGCUCUCGCUUUUAUGGUCCAAUACAUGGGUGAUCACUCACAUAUCUCAAUGGAACUUGAUGAAGUUGUCUCAGUAGUCAUAAGCUGUUAUGAGGCAAAUCAAAUUCUCUCAAUAAAAGAGGUUGUCAGACUUCAAGAUGACGAUGAUUUGGUCAUCAAUGGGAGCUUGGCAAUGUUACCCGUGUCUGGGCAAAAUAGUGCUAAAGUGGCAUCUGAUACAAUCAGGGCUGCAUCUGAAAAUCCAGCUCAUUGGUCAAGGGUUUGCUUGCGUAAUAUGGCUAAUAUUGCAAAGGAGGCAACGACAGUGCGGCGUGUUCUUGAUCCUCUUUUCCGCCUUUUCGAUAGCCACGACUAUUGGUCUCCUGAAAAUGGGAUUGCCCUUUCUGUUCUACAAGAAAUGCAGAAACUGAUGGACAAAUCAGGACAAAAUGGCCAUUUGCUGUUAUCUUUCACUAUAAAGCACAUAGAUCAUAAGACUGUUGCCAAGAAACCUGUGAAGCAAAUCAGCAUCUUAAAAGUUGCUUCACAUCUUGCAAGGCAUGCAAAGUUGAAGGCAUCAGUGACAAUAGCAAGUGCGAUCAGUGACUUAAUAAAGCACUUACGCAAAUGUAUGCAUUUUGCUAUUGAAGCAUCAAAUGCUCAUGCUGAUGUUGACAAGUUGAACAGUGCACUUCAUGUGGCCUUGGAGGAGUGCCUAAUGCAAUUGACAGAAAAGGUUGGGGAUGUUGGGCCUAUUCUUGACAUGGUUGGGGUAAUGCUUGAGAAUCUCUCUCAUUCUGCUACCAUCGCAAGAACAACAAUUUCUUCUGUUUAUCGCACAGCACAAAUAGCAGCUUCUGUCUACAAGUCAUCAUACAACCAGAAGGCAUUUCCUGAAGCUUUGUUUCACCAGCUUCUCUUAGCAAUGAUGCACCCAGAUAAUAAGACAAGGAUUGGUUCACAUCGUGUUCUAUCCACCAUUGUUGCUCCUUCACUGUUAUGUCCAUGGUCAGCCAUGAGCUUUCCUAUUCCAUUGAAGGGCAAUGAUUCGCAGGGCUUACUUUUGUUGGCUCUCUCGGCUUUCUCUUCAGAAACCGUAAUUGAUGAAAUGCGGACCAAGAACAGGAUCCAGGAAUCCUUGCAGAUAAACGAGAAAUUGGAAGCUUUAGUCGGUGCUGAGAAUGGGUACGCACAUGCAGAUCCAAAUACAAAGCAGUGUCCAUGGAGCCCAUGUCUCAAUGAGUAUCAUCUUACAGCAUUUAAAGAUCAGAACCUAAAGUUUAUGAAGCUGAACAACAACCAGAUUGAUCUUCUUCUUUCAUCUAUUUGGAGUCAAGCAUCCCUGGAGGAUAAUUUACCUGCAAAUUUCGAAGCAAUGGGCCAUACCUACAGCAUUGCUUUAUUGUGUUCAAAAUCAAAAAGCUCCAGUCAUGUGGCACUAGUUCGCUGUUUCCAGUUGGCGUUCUCUCUCAGGAGGAAGUCCCUUAGCCAAGAAAAUUAUUUGCAGCCAUCUCGUAAGAGAUGUUUGUAUACACUGGCAUCGGCAAUGCUCAUCUUUUCAGCAAAAGUAGCAGAUCUUCCUCAGAUAAUUCCUCUUGUGAAAGCAGCAGCGCCAGAGAAAAUGGUUGAUCCUCAUUUUUGCCUGAUGGAUGACUGCCUACACAUUAAUACAUCUGCACAGUCAUCUAACGGUGAGAUGUUUUAUGGUUCUGAGGAAGAUGAAAGGGAUGCACAUGCCUUUCUUUCAGCUAUAAACAAGGAUGGCAUGGAGUUAGUAGAAAUUGUGAUGUCCCAUUUUACGGAGAAGUUUGAGAAUUUACCAGAGAAGUUUAAUGGGAUAGAAGAACAGCUUCUUCAAGAGUUUUCCCUGGAUGAUUCAUUUCCUCUUGGUGCUCCACUAUUCAUGGAGACACCACACUCUUGUUCAAUGUAUGCAGAAAAGGAUGAUCACUGUUUUGAUGAGGAUGUUGUUCCUUCUGAGCUAGAUGAUGACGACGACAUCAUUUUCGAACAUAGUGGAUCUCAAUCCGACAGGAAGGCAUCUGGUUCUAUGGCUUCAUCAGAUGUUCUAACCGUCAAUCAACUAAUAGAAUCUGUUCAUGAGACGGCAAGGCAAGUGGCUAAUGCUCCAGUCUCUGCCAACCCUGUACCUUACGACCAAAUGAAGAGCCAAUGCGAAGCCCUGGUUAUGGAAAAGCAACAGAAGAUGUCUGUGCUCUUGAGCUUCAAGCAUUCGAGAAGCGGUUCCCAUGGCUCAACCGCGGUGGAUGGACUGGAAACUAAGGAGUCAUCUUUGCGAUCCGAGCCCGAGUUGCAAUCAACCAGGAAGGAGCGCAUGCGACGCAGUGAUUCGGCAUCUAGCGAAUCUGAACGUUCAUUCAGGCUGCCACCGGCAAGCCCAUAUGACAAGUUCCUGAAAGCGGCUGGACGUUAAGACUGGUGCAAUUGCGCCAAGCUUGGCACUUUAGUUUUCAAGUCUGUAUACAGAAGAGUUUACAAGCCUUUCAAAGUUAUGCCUUCGCACUGUUUCUUACCCCCGUUUCGGGGAGCAUAUUCCUUCGAGUGUACAUUUUCUUGACAAGUUGUACAAUUUUCUUUACUGUCGUGGAGAACCAGUAAAUGAAAGUGUAUAGGUCGUGCACGUUCACGGAUCA